AUGUCUCCAUCCUCUGUCAAUGUCUCCGGCAUCGCUCCCACCACAACCAAGGCUCAGUUAAACGACUUCUUCACGAUUAGUUCAAUUGACUAUGAAGAAAAGGGGAAUACUGCCAUAAUCUCGUUCGAGAAGCCCAAUGCUGCUAAAACGGCCUUGAUGCUCAACGGAGGUGCCCUCGAUGGCGCUACUCUGACCGUUACUUCCGAUGUGGCCCACCAUGAUGAAGAUCACACAUCUUCUGGCCCCCACGUCGAACAAUCAGACAAACCUCGUGCCGGCAUUGCCGCUGAGUAUCUUGCAAGGGGAUAUAAACUAUCUGACCAUAUUCUCCAACGAGCUAUUGAAAUCGACGAGAAGCAAGGCAUUUCGUCCAACUUCUUAAAUUACUUCCAUUCUUUGGACAAGUCGGUUGGCGAACGCGCAUUAGGCCCAGAUCAAACUGUAACAGCCAAGCUUCAAGCAACUGUUGACAGUGCUGCUCAGCAGGCAAGAGCUGUUGACGAGCAGAGGGGAAUCUCCAAAGCCGCCCAUGACUACUACCAAAGAGCCAUAACGUCGCCCUUUGGCCAGAAGGUCAAAGCCUUUUAUACCCAAACGUCAAAACAAGUUCUCGAUAUCCAUGAAGAAGCUCGCCGGAUUGCCGAUCAAGAGAAAGCUCAGGCAGCAUCUGCUGCUGGCUCCGAUUCCAAGGCCCAUUCUACUCCCGUCGUUAAUUGA